GGCUACUGCUGCUGCUGUGAGCGCAGCCCCGUGCGCUCAUGUCAUUCCGCUGUAAGUGACUUCAUGUGAUGUCAGCUAAAUGUAAAAGACAGUGAUCUCACGCGGAGGGAAGAUGUUGGCUAUCAAAAUGUGACAGUGUAGCCCUGCUGCAUGCUUCGUACGCAUCUCUCUCCUCGGCGCCGGAGGAGAAAGAGUUAAGCCCGGAGCUCCGUCGCCUGGGAGGGAGGCCGGCUUCGCCCCCCACCCCCACCCUCCGCGCCCCGGCACCCCCGCUCCCUUCCUACCGCUGGAACCCGCAGCAACUUUUCCUCGAGAUGGCGAGCUCGACUUCCCUCGAGACCAUGGUGCCAUCGUCCUGUUCCCGGACCGGAGCCUCCAGCGCUACAUCCAAAACCUUGGCCUUCUCCAUCGAGAGGAUCAUGGCCAAGACUUCGGAGCCCAAGCCCCCCUUCGAACCCCGGGGGCCCGGGGGCCUGGAGGUGGACGGGGGCGCCAAAAAGAUGCUUAGCCUCUGCUCGUCCUUGCCUUGUAUGAUCCCCAUCCAGCCCCUGGGCUACGAGAUGCAGUCCAAGACUCUGCUCAACUACACCGAGCUUUGGAAGAGUAGCCUCCGGGGAGGCGGCGGAAGCAGCGGAGGAGGAGGAGGAGGUAGCGGCGGCGGAGGAGGUGGCGGCGGAGGCGGCGGUGGCGGCGGCGGGGGCAGCGGGGGACCCCAACUCUGUGGCGCCAGCGGCUUGUGCAAAGCGAACUGCGGCAUGUGUUGCAAAGCGGAGCUGAGCCUGGCCCCGUCCGUGCUGCCCACCGGCAGGGUCAUCAAGCCUCAGGUCAUCAACCAGGCCGUGGGGCUGCCGGCCAAUGGCUCCCUCUAUUACUUCAACUACCUGGAGUCCUCGGCGUAUCCCCCGUCGGAGCUGCUCAACGGGCACCUCUUCCCCUCCAGCAUCCUCAACUCCCAGUCCCCGGCGUCCCUGGCCACCCACCAGAAACUCUUCUUGCUGGAGAACGCCAAGCUGGCCACGUUGGCCGCGGACAAGUUUCCCCACGGCCCUUACCCCCACAAAGAGCGCCUGCCCGGGCAGCUGGACCAGGUGAUGAAGGAGAACACGGCGCUGACGGCGGAGCGGAACGGAGCCAAGAGUCACGGCAAACUGGCGGCCAACUCGGCGGACGGCAAGCCCAAGAACUUCACCUGCGAAGUGUGCGGCAAGGUGUUUAACGCUCACUAUAACCUCACUCGUCACAUGCCGGUCCACACGGGAGCCAGGCCGUUUGUCUGCAAAGUCUGCGGGAAGGGCUUUCGGCAAGCCAGUACUUUGUGCAGACACAAAAUCAUCCACACCCAGGAAAAACCUCACAAAUGCAACCAGUGCGGCAAAGCCUUCAACCGGAGCUCCACGCUUAACACGCACAUCCGAAUCCACGCGGGCUACAAGCCUUUCGUCUGCGAAUUCUGCGGGAAAGGGUUCCACCAAAAAGGAAACUACAAAAAUCACAAACUGACUCAUAGUGGGGAGAAACAAUACAAGUGUACCAUCUGCAACAAGGCCUUCCACCAGAUUUAUAACUUGACUUUUCAUAUGCACACCCACAACGACAAGAAGCCUUUCACAUGUGCCACUUGUGGGAAAGGAUUUUGCAGAAACUUUGAUCUAAAGAAGCACGUGAGGAAACUCCACGACAGUGUGGCCCCUGGAGCCCCCUCCACAAAGGACUUGCCCCGGACAGUGCAGAGCUGAAAGCUUCAGCUCCAAGCAGGAUCUGUUUCCUCUCCCUCCACAUCGCCUGCGCCUCGGAGAUUGGAGAGAGACACUGAUUUCUAAGAUUUAAAUAGAUAUAUAUAUAAAUUUAUAUAUAUAUAUAUAUAUAUAUAUACAUACAGCAGAGAGGUUAGAUCUAUUUAUCGAGACCAACAUCUAUUUUGGAAAGCUAAAAUGUCUCCCUAUGAGUGGGGAGCAGAAUUGUGCAAACAUACUCCCAUCCCACCCCCCACAUGUGUACAUAGACGGGGAGACUCAGCAAGAGUGAAGUCCUGGACCUCAGAGCUCCCCCAGACAUUUUAUUGAGGGGUGACAGAGGGUGGGGGGAGGGUAAACUAAACCUAACUUUUUCAACACUGACUAAAUAUAAGGGAGCUGCAUUAUAAGCCCAUCCACUUUCUACAUUUCUGUAAAUUUCCAUGUACGAUUGAUUAAGAAAUAUAUCUAUAUAUGAUUAUAAUAAACCGAUUUCAUUGGCAAGAAUCUUCUUUGCCCUCUCCCCAACAUCGGGAGAGAGUGUUGGAAGGAAAUGUCUUUCCUCUUCCAUCUUAUUUCCUUCCUAUUUUCUAUCCAUU